AUGCUGUUCCAUCUGCUGGUUGUCACAACCUUCUCGAUUGUCUCGGGCGUACACUCAGCGCAAACGUCCUCGUCUCUCGUGACUCUUCCAUAUGGUCAAUUCGAAGGGGUAGUCAACGGGAGUGUAACAUCUUUCUUAGGCAUUCCAUAUGCACAGCCUCCUUUGGGCGCUCUGCGCUUUGCACUCCCUCAGGCGCCUCAACAGCUAUCCGAAAUUCAGUUAGCAACGAACUACGGAGCGGCGUGUCCUCAACAAGCAUCAGCUAUACCGAAUGUGUUGCCAUUCCCCAUUCCCCAAGCCCCCCCGCUGAAUGUAUCCGAAGACUGUCUCUUCGUGAAUGUCAUCAAGCCGUCCACCAUUCCUUCAACUCAGAAGCUACCGGUACUGUUUGUAGGUGGUUUCGAGACAGGGGACACAUCCCUCCACGACGGCAGACCAUUGGUGGAGCGCUCCCUUGCUCUCAAUGAACCGGUCAUCUUUGUCUCUGCAAAUUAUCGAUUGAACGCAUUCGGGUUCCUGGCAAGUACAGAAGUGCAAUCCGCUAAAGCAACAAACGUCGGAUUGAGAGAUCAGCGGUUCGCCAUGGAAUGGGUUCAGAAGUACAUCACACAUUUUGGCGGCGAUUCCACUAAAGUCAUUAUCUGGGGAGAAAGCGCAGGAGCGUUAUCCGUAGGUUUGCAUCUUGUGAUAAAUCAUGGGAACACAAACGGACUCUUUCGCGGUGCCUUCAUGGAAUCGGGUUCACCUUAUGCUCUUCGGGACGUCUCAGCUGGUCAGCCGUUCUACGAUCAGCUGGUGCAGUACACCGGGUGCACAGCCCAGCUCAACACGCUGGACUGUCUCCGACAGGUGCCAUUGGACACGUUGAUGGAUGCCAUAAACACGACUCCGGGUUUAUACAACUACACAAACCUCAAUCUGGCAUGGCAGCCAAGGCUGGACUACGAUCUAUUCUCGCGCAACCCUCAACGGUCCAUCGCAAUGGGCAAUUGGGCUCAGGUUCCAACUGUCUCUGGAGAUUGUGACGACGAGGGAACCGUUUUCUCCCUAGGAAACACCAACAUUACUUACAUCCCAGUCGCAUCUAAUUCACAGAUAACAGCAAUCUCUCAGGAUUAUCCCAGUGAUUUCGCUCUUGGUUCGCCAUUUGGGACCGGAGACGCAUACAAUCUGACGGCUCAGUACAAGCGUCUCGCGGCUUUCCAAGGCGAUUGGGAGUUCCAGGCGCCACGCCGCUUAUUCCAGAUGACUGUAACGCCUCAGUGCAGUACUUGGGGCUUCUUGUAUAAGCGGGACAAAUCGACGCCAUACCUCGGUUCAUAUCAUUCCACUGAUCUUGUGGAGUUCUUCGGUGUGGGCGAUUACAUCGGAGCCGACGCACUGAGUGGAUGCAACUUUGCCUACAAUCUGAAUCCCAAUGCACCGCCAGACGUCCCAGCGAAUGUCAGCUAUCUCGCCAACAUACAAUGGCCUACGUGGAAUUCGCAGUCGCCGCAGUUGUUGACUUUUGUAGAUCCUGCUCCGUCACUGGGUUUCACCGAGGAUAGCUAUCGUGCUACCGGGAUGUCACUCAUCGGGGAGUUGUCCUUGGCAUUCCCAUGA